AUGUUGAUUCAUUUCCAAUCUCUCUGCCUCGCUUACAUCUGCCUGGCGAGUCUCUGUCUUCGGCUGUCCGCAGCGACGCCCACCGAGAGCGUCGGGACGUCAGCGACUCCUGAGGAGUAUGGAAACGAAUGGGUUGUCAGGGUGGACGGCGGUCCAGAGAUAGCCUCCCUCCUGGCCCUGCAGUCCGGCUACAAACAUCUGGGUCCGGUACUGGGAUUCGAGGACACGUAUUUAUGGCACAAAGACAACAGCCCUCAGCAUCAGAAGAGAGGAGGACAUCCGCGACUUGGAAAGGCUCUGAACUCGCAUGCGAAGGUAAUCUGGGCAGAUAGACAGAAGAUUAUACAUCGAGAAAAGCGGGACCACGUGUCCUUGGAAGAUCUCGAAUCAGAGCGGCCGCUGGUAAGGGAAAAACGACUGCCACUGAGAGCUAAGGAAGCUGUGUUUCCCGUUUUGAGAAAUUACACGCAGCCGAAAAAAUCGUUGGAGUCAGAAAAGCACAGUGGAAAGUCUGCUUCGAGAAGCUCUGCAAGAGAACGCAAAAAACGUUCGAUCCAAGAGAUAGAGAAUUCGAAGAUGUUCAACGACGAACUCUGGGGUCAGGAAUGGUACUUGCAAGAUACACGACCUACCAAGGAUCUCCCGAAGCUGGAUCUCAACGUCCUGCCGCUUUACCGGCUGGGGAUAACGGGUCGUGGUAUUCGGGUCGCAGUGCUGGAUGACGGGCUCGAAUAUACUCACGAGGACUUGCAGAGCAACUACGAUGCGGCAAUCAGCUAUGACGUCAACGAGGCGGAUCCAGAUCCAAUCCCACGAUACGAAUCCACAGGAAUCAACGGACACGGCACAAGGUGCGCCGGGGAAAUCUCUAUGCGAGCGAACAAUGGAAAAUGCGGUGUUGGCGUUGCCUUCGGCGCCUCCAUCGGCGGUAUCAAACUUUUGGACGGUGUGGUGAACGACAGGGUCGAGGGUGAAGCGCUCGGCUACCGCACAGACCUCGUGGACAUUUACACCGCCUCCUGGGGCCCAGCGGACGACGGAAGGAGCCUCGAGGCACCUGGACGACUCGCUUUGGAAGCUCUUCACAAGGGGAUCACGCAGGGUCGCGACGGCAAGGGUUGUAUUUACGUUUGGGCCUCGGGUAACGGGGGCUCGAGGGCUGACGAUUGCGGAUGUGACGGAUACGUCGGAAGCAUCUACACCGUUGCCGUAGGGUCCGCAAGUCAAACGGGACGGUUUCCUUGGUACGGAGAACGCUGCCCUGCCACAUUCGCCACGACGUACAGCAGCGGAGCUUAUCACGAUCAGAUGAUUGCUACAACUGAUCUGCGAAAUACUUGCACCACCAGACAUACAGGGACGUCAGCGUCAGCCCCGUUAGCAGCAGGUAUUUUGGCACUCGCUUUACAAGUCAAUGAAAACCUGACGUGGAGAGACGUGCAGCAUCUGAUUGUCUGGACCUCGGAAUACGCACCCUUAAGCGAAAAUCCCGGUUGGUUCAAGAACGCAGCUGGAUUCUGGUUCAAUCCGAGAUUUGGUUUCGGCCUCAUGAAUGCGUACGCCCUCGUAACAACGGGAUACAACUGGACGACGGUUCCUGAUAAAAGAGAAUGCCACGUGCCGGCGGAUUUCGUCUCGAACGAAACGUUAACCUACGGCAACCCGGUUCGCGUCACCUUUGAUACGGAUGGCUGCGCCAGGGAUGAAAAUGAAAUAAACUACUUGGAACACGUUCAAGUCGAAGUCAACAUACGGUACACAGUUCGGGGCGCGAUGAAGAUGCAUCUGACGUCACCGUCCGGAACGAGUGUUCGCAUUUUGGCUCCCAGAAAGCUGGAUGAUUCUGACGAGGGUUUCCUCAACUGGAGGUUCAUGUCAGUGGCAAGUUGGGGUGAAGACCCUCGUGGGAUGUGGCAGCUCCAGAUAUCAGAUUCGGUCGGGCCACAGAAUAACAGCGGGGUUAUCGGUAAUUUGACUCUGAUUCUACACGGUACUAAAACAAUACCGGAUCACGCGAGGAACGGUCCGAGAAUUUACAACGAUGAUUACAGCAGAAUGAGAAAAACGAAUUACGAGGAGCUAUUCCCGGUGAACGAAGUACCUAAUUCUUUGGAGGGAAGAACAAGUUGGGAGACGGAACCGGAUGUGACGCGAUUUGAAACGUUUUUGGGCAAAAAAUGGCUCAAGUAUCUCUUAGGCGUGUGAUUACCCUGAUCUUAAGCUGUUCGACGAACGUCUAUUAAAUUUGAAUUAUAGUUCAAUUAUCAAUGUCAAUUGAAAAUCAUUCAUCUGUCAAUUAUCGCGCUCUACCAUUCCGAGCUUUCAUUUUUCGCGUGAUAAAUAAAAUCCUGCACCAUGCAAAAACUGAAAUACCGCGAAGUAUCGACUCUAACCUCUCGGCCAUCAUUCCAGUUUAUAGAUAGAGAUAUCAGAUUCCGAAUCAUAUUUUUCUGAAUUUCUGGUAUCUAGAAAUAAUACGUGCAGCGUACGUGCACAGCUAUAUAACAAUAUAAAAUGUAGAAAGGAUAAAGCCAUGAGGACAGGCUCUGAAAUUUUUAUCUC